AUGUCUAGGAGUGGGGACCAUGCAGCAACCAAAUAUUGCUGUAGAAAAUCUUACUCAGCCAAGAUGAAAUACGACAAGUUCGCAACAAUAGUUGGUCCCAAAAAAAUCGAAAUGUUCCAAAAUAUUGAUGGAAAAACGGAAGAAAAUGAAAUUUCCGAUGAAAAUUUGCGUCUAUCAUUCAAGACUUGGAGAUUCUUCCGAAACGGUGAUACAAUACCGACGGAUAUCACAGAGCCAAAAAAUAAAAUUAAUAUUGUAUAA